CGUCGCCACAAAGUCGAGUCGGCAUAUUUUCGAAGAGAAAAAGAAGCGAAAAACAGUCGACGCGAGGGUGUUAUACUGCGAGCAGCCACCACUCAAGGCAGAGCCCCUGUGUCAGAUUUAACAUGGAGAGGGCGGAGGUAAGGGCGUCGUCGACACCGUACGGUGGAGGAGGAGUUGGAGGAAAGGUUCGGAAGCCAACCUCAAGAAAGCCGCCGCCUACCCCUUACGCUCGGCCGGAGCAAAACCAACCGCAAAGGCGGUGGCUUUCGAAGCUUGUUGAUCCGGCUUACCGGCUCAUCACCGGCGGCGCCACACGACUGCUUCCCUAUUUGUUCUCUAAAUCACUGCCCUCCAAUGCCCUUCCGUGUCCAGGAGAUGAGGAUCAAGCAGAUCACGUCGAGGCAGAAUUGGAGGAUAACGCCCCUGGAGAAGAACUCCGCAAUCAAGGUGCAUCUACCAUAGAUGGAUUACCAGGUCCUAGUGGAGAGGCUUGUAGAUCAAAUUACAAUUCUGAUGUUAAUGGCCGCCAAAAGGACAGAGAAACUGAUGCAUUAGCUGGAAAUGGGAAUUUUGAUAUUGAAAAAUGGAUCCAAGGAAAAACAUUUUCAAGGGAUGAAGUGAGUCGUUUGUUAGAGAUAAUACAAUCAAGGGCUCUUGAACCUUCUAAGAAAGUGGAAGACAAUAAAAUUUCACCACAGAGCAUUGAAAAACAAUCUGAGCAGCCACCUGCUGCAAAUAGAGUUAUAAAAAUGCCUCGCGAAGAAAAGAAAGAAGAUUUGGAGAGAGCUACAUGGGGAAACUUAACUCCUCAUCCACAUUCAUCGACACUAAAUGCAGUUGGAGCAUCACCUGUGGAUAUUGCUAGAGCAUACAUGAGCAACAGGAAAUCUGAACCGGGCUUGCUUUCUGACAAGAUUCCUGAUGAUGAAAGGACUUUGCUUAAUGGUGACCAUCAAAUGUCAAAGCCCUUUAUUCCAUUCAUGUCCCCCAAUCCAUCAACUUGUUGGCCUGGUGCCAUGUCAGAAAGUCAGCGUAGUUAUUUAACUCCAAGAAGUCAAAGAGGUAGAUUUGGAACUCAUAAUUUCCCACGGACUCCAUAUUCUAGGAGUAUCUUUUCGAAGUCUAAGUCCAAGCUAACUCAGUUGCAAGGAGAUACCCAAAAGUUUGUGAAUACACCAUCUCCUCUCUGGCAGCAGUCACGAACUCCAGCUUAUUCUCAGAUGACAUCAAGCAAUGAUCCAUUCGAUGAGGCAACUGGUUCCAUUGGUCCAUUUCGUAGGCUUGGGCGUAAGGCAUCUGCAGUUACUAAUUCUAGACGAUCUGCUUACCAUUAUCCAACCCGCCAAGCAGAGACAAAGGUAGAAAAUUCCAAUAUUUCGGAAGGGAUUCUACCUGAUAUGAAGAAGAAUCUGGAACUUGGGGGAGCAAGUACCAUUCCUCUAUCACCCUCAGUGGGAAACAACAUCUCUGAGUCAAGUCUCUGUCCACAGUCCAGUCAGGUUGCUAGGACAAUCCUAGAGCAUAUCAGUAGAAACCCACCUACUCCUAAAGAAAAGAAUGAAGAGUUAAAGAGAGCAAUAGAAUGGAAGAGAACCCCAUCUUCCAGUGUACAAACGAUCAAGCCAAAUGAAACUAUUAGUUUGGCUGUAGAGUUAGACUCUCGGCAAAAAGUGAACCAAGUAGAUCAGAACUGCCACCCCACAUUGAGCAAUAAGGGGAAAACCGUGUCCACGAUUCAUCUAGAGUCGAGUGCUGGCAGAAAUUCUGAUGCUGUAAACCAAAAUUCUUCUGACCUAAGGUUUAGGCUUAGCAAUGCUGAUCUGAAAUACAAGGAUGACGCAGGCCUAAAAAUUAAUAUCUCAUCGCCUAAGGAUGUUCCUCCGAAGAAGAUCGUUCCAGCUCUUGGAUCAGAAGUGGGAACUCAAAUGAAGCCUUUCUCCUCUCUUGGAACUAAACCAGGUUUUCCAUCCAUUACCGUCAAGAAGCCCGAGUCAGGGUGGACAAUUUCUCCUGAUAGUGGUUCGGCAUUUACGUUCCCUGUUUCGGGCGCAUCCUCGGGAAUGAUCUCAGAACCGCCAACACCGUCCAUCUUUCCCUCAACCAGCAUUGGGGGCAGUCAGCCUCUGUUAUUGAAGCCUGAGAAUGCAGUUCCUUCAUACAGUUUUGGCUCAAAGAAGUCCAGCCCUACCCUUGUUUUCUCAUUCCCUUCAACAAACAGCAAUACAAUCUCCAGCGACGCCUCAAAUAUUAAGUUCAGCUUUGGGUCGGACAAUCAUAAGAGACUCUCCUUUAGUUCCGUUGGAAAAGAUGCAGUUUGUUGCUAACUGAUUAGACUUGUCAAAUAUAGUUUUUGAUCUUGUGCUUGUGGGAACGACUAGAGUAUCCAAACGAGGAAAGAAAAUUGUUUCAAAAACCCUUUUUUUUAUAAAAAAAACAAAUAGAAAAUUGAAAAUUCA